UUUGACGAAAACUUUGUUAGAUUUUACGAGUGUACUAACAGACAUGCAAAUUACUGGGUUGACCACAUUCACCUGGAGGGAAUUUACACACCCGUUACAUUUCGGUGAGACGCCCCGUGGCGCGUGCUUACGGAUAAAAAGAGAGUCCUUUGCCGACCUCAGUUGGUGCGUUCGCGGCACCGCCAAUGGACGCAAAAUGUUCAACGUUACGCCCCAGCACGGCACGGAUUCGCGCUCGGUGAGCAACUUUGAGCUGAAGGCGAUCAACGCGAUCGACAACCGGAAGAUCUGCCGUGGGUUCAAGAGUUUGUUCCUGGAGUACUGCUCGAACAGCACGAUCCACGGGAUCAAGUACUUUGGCUGCAAGCGACGAACCCUUUACGAGAAAAUUUGGUGGAUUGUGGUGUUUUUGCUGUCGGUUUACGGCUGUGGUCGGUUGAUUCAGAACAUCUACCGCAAAUGGGACCAAACGCCGGUGAUUGUGAGCUUCAACGAGAAGAGCACUCCGGUGUGGCAGAUUCCGUUUCCGGCGGUGACGAUUUGUCCGGAGACGAAGAUGAAGUUACAGUAUUUGAACUUUACCGCAUCGUAUCAUAUGCUGUUGAACGACACGGAUGAUGAAGCCAUGGAUGAGGAUAGUUUUAAUCGACUUCGGGCGGUGGCCCAGGUGUGUGAUGCGCACGUUCUUCAAGGGAUACAGUUGAAUCAAACGUACGACAGUGCGUGUGUGGAUUAUCUCCGGAACAUGUCGGUAUCGCUGGACGAGAUGCUAAUGUACUGCAAGUGGCGAAACGAUAUGGACUAUUGUAACAACAUUUUUACCGAGACUCUGACGGAGGAAGGACUUUGCUUUACGUUCAACGGGAUCGCCGCGGAUGACAUGUUAAGGAAGGAGGAGUUGCACAAGGAUUAUGCAUACACGACGGAAAACAGGUCAUCGGUCCAGUGGACUCUGGAGAAUGGUUAUCGCGAGGAUGCAGCAAUUGAUACAUAUCCUUUGAGGGUUCUGGGAGCGGGGGCCAGGGCUGGGUUGAAUAUUUUACUUCGAUUGUACGAAUACGAUUUGGACUAUUUGUGUCGGGGACCCGUGGUGGGCUUUAAAGUACUGCUGCAUACUUCCAGCGAGUACCCGCAGGUAUCCAAGCAGUACUUUCGCGUGCCACUCCAGCAAGAAGUUAUCAUCUCGGUUAAGCCCCAGAUGAUAACCACUUCCGACGGUUUACGUGACUACGCGCCGCACCGCCGACAGUGCUACUUUAACCACGAGCGCCGGCUUAAGUACUUCCAGGUGUACACGCAGCAAAACUGUGAGCUCGAGUGCAUCACCAACUAUACGCUCAGGUCGUGUGGGUGUGUCAAGUUCUCGAUGCCCCGCGAUGACCGGACGGAGGUCUGCGGGGCAAGCAAAAUCGAGUGCUACAACGAGGCUGAGGAUGAGCUGCUCAGCCAGGAGGUCAAGUACAGCGUGGACAAGAGUUACGAUUUUCGCGCCAAGUGUGACUGCCUUCCGGCGUGCACCUCGGUGCAGUACGAUGCCGAAAUAUCCCAGGCCGACUUUAACUGGAAGAAUCUGUUUAUGGCGUACAAAAGUCCCAUGGAUGAAUUUCCGGGAGUUCAACUGUCCCGUCUGACAAUCUACUUCAAGGAAGCCCAGUUUAUAACCUCCAAACGCAGCGAGCUGUACGGAGUGACGGACUUCCUGGCCAACUGCGGUGGUCUACUGGGACUGUUUAUGGGCGUGAGCCUGCUGAGCCUGGCGGAGAUCAUCUACUUUUGCUCGAUUCGACCGUUUGUCAUUCUGCGGGGCACGACGCGAUCCAAGCAGGCUCCAGCGCAGGUCCAGCCGAUGGCACCCUCGCUGUUCGUGUUCGACAUGGACAAACCAAAGGAGGCGUUUUUGCGGCGGGGAUCGAAGAGUCCCACGUUGACAAAGCAAGACGAAGGGAAGGAGGUCGAAAAGCCAAAGGAUUGCUAAGGAUUAGGAAAGUGUGAUAAUUUGUUGCUGAUGCUUUUACUUUUUGAUGUUUAUUCGAUAUUUUUGGCAGUGAAAUUUUGAAAUAUCCUCCUAUUAUUCAUAACAGUUUCAUUCAUAAAGACGUUAUAUAAAUUUAUCUUGUAAGCUCUGCAAUAAAAUAAACUUGUUAUCUUACAAUUUUUGAAAAGUCGCAGAAAAAAGAAAACAGGAAAUGUUUUAUAGCAAUAUGUGGUUGCUGCCGAUAUUGCAAAACAGUUGUUUUUUUGCUCUGACUGUUAUGCUUCUAAUCUAAUUUACGUCGAUUCAUACCAUUCAUCGUUAUCAGUCGGUAUCCUUGAUGUCUGUGCAUAUAUAAAACGCAAUCUUAAGAAGCUUCAAGCAAGGUCUAGUUCAGUCUAAUUGAGAUGCUGGAUAGUGUCACUAUGAAGAGAUACAGCAAAGAACAUGUGAUAACUAUGUUCGAGGGGAAGCAACAAGUCAAAGUCAAAGUAAAGAAUCAUCAAAAUUGUCAAUUUGGUUUAAGAAGAUUGUUGCAAGACUAUUGUUCAAACAGUACAAUUCACGGAAUCAAGUAUUUUGGUUGCAGACAACG